AGGCGGAAGUGAGCGGCGCCUUCCCACAGCGCAAAGCCGCGUUCCUAUUGGUUAAGAGAGAAAAUCCCGAGCGCUGAUUGGUUGAAAGGAGAAAGAGGCGGGCUUACUGCGCUGCCGGUACUUCCGGGUUGGCGUCCGGUACUUCCGGUGGCGGCGGGAGCGCUUCCGGUCAUGGCGGGGAUGGAGAUGGAGAGGAUCGCGCUGCCGCCCCGCGGGCCCCGGGAGCUGCCGCUGGCGCUGCUGGAGUUGGGAAGCUCCGGGAGGUUCGAGCUCCUGACCGGAGAACCGGGGGAUGCGGAGGGGCCCGAGCACCGCAGCACCCUCCCUCAGGGUCUCCCCCCCUGGGCCCCGCCCCCUUUGUGGGCGGAGCUUGAGCGGAAAUUCCUGGGGACCCCCGAGGGGCUCCCCCUGCACCGGCACCAGCGGGCCCGGAGGGCGUGGCUGAGGACCCCAGACCCACGAGCUCUCUUUGCCCUGGACCCCACCCCCGUGGGCGGGGGGCUUCGGGCUGAGCGAGACCCCCGGACGGGCGCCCUGCUGGGGUUCAGCGAGGAGCUGCUCCCCUCCGCGGGUCUCUCCCCCUCCUCCUCCCCGUCCCUGCUGCGCCCCCCGGGCGAGGGGCUCAGGGUGGGCGGGGGUCUCACCAGCGUCCCCUUCUGGCCAGGCGGGCAGGACGAGCCCACCCUGGAUCAGCUCCGAGCCCCCCGAAAUGAGGAGGAGGAGGAGGACGUGGACUUCGACACAGAUUUGCUGACGACCCCCCCAGGGCUGAAACGGGGGGUGGAGUUCAAACCCCAAGGUUUUGGGGAGGGGGCUCUGUCCCUGUCCGGCCUCUUGGAGACCCUCGACACUUUGGAAUUGGGGGGGGGGGGCGACCCCCAGCUUGGGACCCCCCCCAAAUCCCCCCAGAGCCCCCCCCAUAAUCAAUUUGGGGAGGGGUCUCACCCCGAGCCCCCCCCCCGCCGUUGUGACAGCCUGGAGGAGCUGCUGGCCAAGGAGGAGGUGGGGACCCCCCCAGCGCCGCCCCCCGAGCCCCCCGAGGAGCUUUGGGCUGAGCUGGUCGAUGCCACCACCCCCGUGCAGGGCUUUGAGGAGCUGCUGCCUGACCCUGCACACAAGUGGCCGUUCACCCCGGACCCCUUCCAACAACGCGCCGCCCUGUGCCUGGAGCGCGGUCACUCGGUCCUGGUGGCCGCUCACACCUCGGCCGGCAAAACGGCCGUGGCCGAGUACGCCAUCGCGCUGGCCCGGCGCCACAUGACCCGGUCCAUCUACACCUCUCCCAUCAAGGCCCUUUCGAACCAGAAAUUCCGGGAUUUUCGGGAAACCUUCGGCGACGUGGGGCUGCUGACGGGGGACGCGCAGCUGCGGCCCGAGGCCGCCUGCCUGGUCAUGACCACCGAGAUCCUGCGGUCGAUGCUGUACAAUGGCUCCGACACCAUCCGGGACCUGGAGUGGGUGAUCUUCGAUGAGGUGCACUACGUCAAUGACGAUGAGAGGGGCGUGGUGUGGGAGGAGGUGCUGAUCCUGCUGCCCGAGCACGUCAAGCUGGUUCUGCUCAGCGCCACCGUCCCCAACGCGCUCGAGUUCGCCCAGUGGGUCGGCCGCACCAAGCGCCGCUGUGUCCGCGUUCUGAGCACCCCGCGCCGCCCGGUGCCGCUGGAGCAUUUCCUGUUCACCGGGAACAGCUCCCGCACCCGGCACCAGCUCUUCCAGCUGCUGGGCCCCAGCGGGGCCUUCAGCACCCAGGGGUACUACGCAGCCGUGGAGGCCAAGAAGGAGCAGAGCAGCAAACACGCCCAGAGCUUCGGGGCACGGCAGCCCACCCUGGGGGGCUCCAACCCCGGGCAGGAGCGAGGGGUCUGGCUGUCCCUGCUGGAGACGCUCCGGGAGCGGGAGCUGCUGCCGGCCGUCACCUUCACCUUCUCGCGGGGCCGCUGCGAGGACCAGGCCGCGGCUCUGGGCUCGCUGGAUCUGCUCGGAGGCCCCGAGAAGGCCCAGGUGCGGCAGUUCCUGACGCGCUGCCUGGCCCGGCUGCGCGGCUCCGACCGCCGCCUGCCGCAGGUGCUGCAGCUCUCGGACCUGCUGCAGCGCGGCAUCGGCGUCCACCAUGGCGGGGUGCUGCCCCUGCUCAAGGAGAUCGUGGAGAUGCUCUUCAGCCAGGGGCUGGUCAAGGUGCUGUUUGCCACCGAGACGUUCGCCAUGGGGGUGAACAUGCCGGCGCGGACCGUGGUGUUCGACUCCAUCCGCAAACACGACGGGAGCAGCUUCCGUGACCUCCUGCCAGGCGAGUACACGCAGAUGUCGGGGCGAGCCGGGCGCCGCGGGCUGGACGCCACCGGCACCGUCAUCAUCCUCUGCAAGGGCCCGGUGCCCGAGCUGUCCGACCUGCACCGCAUGAUGCUGGGCCGCCCGUCGCCGCUGCAGUCGCGGUUCCGCCUGACGUACCCCAUGAUCCUGCUGCUGCUGCGCGCGCCCGCCCUGCGCCCCCACGACCUCAUGCGCCGCAGCUUCGCCGAGUUCCCGCUGCGCCGCGACGCCACGGCCCAGACCCGGCGCGUGGCCGCCCUCAGGGAGGCGCUGGCGGCACUUGGGGACCCCGAGGGGACACCUGGGGACAACGGAGGUGACAACGGAGGUGACAUCGGGGACCUGCCCCAGUACUACCGGGCCGUGGUGGCGCUGCGCCGAGCCCGCUCCGUGCUACAGCGGUGCCUGGCGCAGCCGGGGGGGCAGCGAGUGCUGACACCGGGCCGGGUGGUGGUGGUGAGCACCCCGAAACACCGCAACGCGCUGGGGCUGGUGCUGCAGGUGAGCUCGGGGGGCUCGGGCCGCACCUUCACCACGCUGGUGCUCAGCGAGAAGCCCCCCGAAAAUGGGGGAGCCCCCCCGGAGCCCCCCCAGGACGUGCCCUACCCCGAGGAGCUGCUGCUCAGCCGCCUCUUCCUGCCCGAGGGCCCCCCCGGGCCCUGCCUGGAGCAGCUGCGCCCCGAGGACAUCGUGGGGGUCACGGCCAAGACCCUCAGGGUGAACCCCGAAAUUCUGCUGCAGGAGCUGCGCCCCCCCAGGGGACCCCGACCCCGGUCCCCCCCUGUGGGCGGGGGUCUCUCGGCCGCCCUCCAGGAGCUCUCCCGGCUCGCGGGGGUCUCGGCCCGGGAUGGGGGGGGGCUCCCCCUGCUCGAAGCUUUUGGGGUCCCCCCCGGGCGCGACCCCGAGGCGGCGGCGGCGGCGGCCGAAAUCCGGGGGCUGGGGGCGGCCCUGGGGGGCUUCAGGUGCGUCAGGAGCCCCCGAUUCCCUCAGCAGUACUCCCAGUACGCGGCCAGGCAGGAGCUGCUGGAGCAGCUGGAGGAGCUGCAGUUCCAGCUGUCGGACCAGUCCCUGCUGCUGCUGCCCGAGUACCACCAGCGCCUCGAGGUGCUGUCGGAGCUGGGUUACGUGUCGGGGGGCGCAGUGGCGCUGGGCGGCCGCGUGGCGGCGCUGCUGAGCACGGAGCAGUUGGUGCUCACCGAGCUGCUGCUGGGCAAUGUGCUGGCGCCGCUGCGGCCCGAGGAGAGCGUGGCGCUGCUCUCCUGCCUGGUGACCCCCGGCCGCGGGGAGCCCCUGCCCGAGGGGCUCAGCCCCGCCCUCACUCAGGCCCUGGAGCGGCUCCGCGCCGUCGCCGCCCGCGUGGCCCGGCUGGAGCAGCAGCGCGGCCUCGGGCCCGGCCCCGACGACUUCGUGGCCCAGUUCGGCUUCAGCCUGGUCCAGGUGGUCUACGAGUGGGCCAGGGGCAUGCCGUUUGCGGAGAUCGCCCGGCUGGCGCCGGUGCAGGAGGGCUCGGUGGUCCGCGCCAUCCAGCGGCUGGAGGAGCUGCUGCGGGAGCUGCGCCAGGCCGCGCGCGCCGUGGGCGACCCCGCCAUGGCCGCCAAGAUGGAGGCGGCCGCCGCCAUGAUCAAGCGCGACAUCGUCUUCGCCGCCAGCCUGUACACGCAAUAAAGGGACACCGAGGGACACGCGGGGGGAGUGGUGGCUCUGCCAUCCAUCCAAAUCCCCCCCUCUCUGUGCCCGUGUGGUUCGGUCCAA